GCGUCUGCGGUAUCCUACUAGGCGCAUGCGCAAUACAAAAAAUAAAAUUAUACCUGGGCGUGGCUUGUAGGCUAGGGCCUAGGGGUGUGUCAACAACAACAAAAUUAAAGUCAUGAGCCAUCUUUCAGAAGUUGUUCUGUGUGAGAUCUUCUCCUAUCUGUCAGUGAGGGACCUGUGUGCCUGCUGUUGUGUGUGUGUGAGAUGGGCAGGCGUACUCUAUCCUAGCAGUCAUUUCUGGGAGGAGAGGUUGAGCAUUGAAACACCAGACGAGUUUCAAGAAGAUCCUCUCAUACGAAACCUAGUCACAGCUAAAGACAAACUGUCAGCCUAUCAAAACAGUUGGAGUUCUGUACACCACUCAGACAAUAUCUACAUAAAGCCAAACAAAGUGACAAUUCAUCGAAAUCCAGUGGCACAAGUUUCGGACAUAGCUCGUGGGAGAAGAGGCUGUUCCAGUGGACAACAUUAUUGGACAGUAGUUUGGCAUGGCCCAAAGUUUGGGUCGAGUGCAGUUGUUGGUUUGGCCACGCAUAACGUUGAGCUCAAGCGUAAUGGCUACCAUCCGUUGUUGGGUAUGACAGGGGAUUCGUGGGGUUGGGAUCUGUCGAAGGAUGUACUGAGACAUGACGGAAAAGAGUAUGAACAGUAUCCUAGGGAAGGAGCAGGAGUUAAGGUGGCUCUGAAGCAAGCGAUUGGACUUAUUGUAGACAUGGACAAUAGAACUCUAGCGUUUGAUGUUGAUGGCAAAUACUUAGGAGUUGCAUUUAGAGAUCUGCCUGAAGUGGAACUGUUUCCAGCCAUCUCUGUUGUGUAUGGGAACACAGAGGUCUCACUCAUCUACCAUGGCCAUCCUCUAGCGGGAUAACUGACUCACUGUGUGUUUGUGUGUGUAGUAGUUUGUGUAACAAAUUAAUACAUUUUAGUAUAAUAGUGAAUA